AUGACAACUUAUAACAUUGGUGCUCAAACAACACAACGAGGUUCUUCAAAUCCACUCACCACCAACACUUUAGUUGUGAAUUUAUAUUUUUGUGAAUGCUUGAGAACUUGCGGUUUUAAACCGCUAAUUCGCGGUAAACGACCGCAUUUUGCGGUUUACCGCAAUGCGGUAAACCGCAAAAUGCGGUCGGUUUGCGGUAUCAAAAAUCACCAAACCGCAAAUAGUCGGUCGGUUUGCGGUUUGAGUAAAAAUUCGCGGUUACCGAACCGCAACCACCCCUAA